CUGAAAAUAAAAUAAAAUAAAAACUGUCGGUCUGAUCCUUUUCGUUCCUUGCCGUUUCGGGUAUUUUACAAAAUCACUUUCUCUGCCACAACCGACACCGCAAUGAGGAAAGAACCGCCGCCCUCAACCGCCCCUUCCGCCCUUGGCAAGCUUUUCCUAUGCUUUGAGACUAAACCUUUGGUUGUCACAUUGUUAGCUCUCACCUUGCUUAUGCUUCUCUGGAAUUUCCCUCCUUACUUGCAGAACCUCUCUACCGCCACACGUCCCUGUUCGGCCACUUCUCUCGCCUCCGUCGCCGCCUCCGCCGCCGCUUCCACUAGCUUAUUGUCCACCAAUGCAUCGCUCCCUUAUACGGCUACUCCGGUUGCUGAAAAGAAGUACUACUCCGAUCCCAAAGCUAAACCCAGAGAUCCAAAUAAACGUGUAUUCGAGGCUCACGGUAAUGCGGCCGCCUUGUUUGUCCAGAUGGGUGCUUACAGGGGCGGUUCCACGACGUUCGCGGUGGUGGGUUUGGCUUCGAAACCCGUUCACGUGUUCGGUCGACCAUGGUACAAAUGCGAGUGGAUCUCGAAUAAUGGUUCUUCUUUUAGAGCAUUGGCUUACAAAAUGCUUCCCGAUUGGGGAUAUGGGCGUGUUUACACCGUGGUGGUGGUGAAUUGCACUUUCCCUUUCAACCCAAACCAAGACAACCUAGGUGGUAAGCUGAUGAUCAACGCCUACUACGGCGAGUCCCCCAGGAAGUACGAGAGAUUCACGGCGCUGGAGGAGUCGUCGGGAUCUUACAAUGAAGCCAAGUACCACCCACCGUUUCAGUACGAGUAUUUAUACUGUGGGUCGUCUCUGUAUGGGAACCUCAACGCCGAUAGGAUGAGGGAAUGGAUGGCUUACCACGCUUGGUUCUUUGGACCGAGCUCGCAUUUCGUGUUUCAUGAUGCUGGUGGUGUCUCGCCGGAGGUCAGGGCGGUUCUCGAACCUUGGGUGCGUGCCGGAAGGGCUACGGUUCAGGAUAUCCGUGACCAGGCGCAAUUCGAUGGGUAUUAUUAUAACCAGUUCUUGGUUGUGAAUGAUUGCUUGCAUCGCUAUCGACAUGCUGCUAAUUGGACAUUCUUCUUCGACGUGGACGAGUAUAUCUAUUUACCAGAUGGAAACAUUUUGGAAUCAGUGUUGAAUGAGUUCUCCAAUUAUACACAGUUCACUAUUGAGCAGAACCCAAUGUCCAGUGUGCUCUGCUUGAAUGAUUCCUCUCAACAAUAUUCCAGGCAAUGGGGAUUCGAGAAGCUGCUCUUUCGGGAAUCAAGAACUGGAAUUCGCCGUGACAGGAAAUAUGCAAUUCAGGCAAAGAAUGCGUACGCCACGGGCGUUCACAUGUCGGAGAAUGUGAUCGGGAAAGCAUUACAUAAAACCGAAAGAAAGAUUCGUUACUAUCACUAUCACAACACCAUUACCGUACACGAGGAGCUCUGCAGAGAAUUCAUCCCUCCAUCGUCCAAGAACAAUGUGACCUGGUUCAAUAAACUACCCUACGUCUACGACGAUAACAUGAAGAAACUGGCCAACACCAUCAAGGAAUUCGAGCGGAAAACGAUCGGGGACCCUACACCAUAAGUGAUGAUGGUUCUUCCUUAAUGACCCUCAACUGUUCCUCGUGUAUCCUAUGCCAGAGUUAAAUGUUUUAACGGUCGAGCAUUCAUUUCUGAUUUGGGGUUUGCUCAAACUUUACUCCUCUUUCCUGCUAGGGAUCUGAUGACCCCACCGACUGCAAUCAGUGGCGAGAAACUCACGGAACAAGCUGGAAGGAGGGCCCGACAUCGUUUUUAUCUUUUCUGUAAUGGUGGUGGUGAGUGUUGUUGUAUUGAUUUGUUUUUGGUUCUAUAUGAUUAGUGGGAAUACUUGUAAAAUUGUUUCUUUCAAGUUAUUGCUUUAUAGAAUUCAUACCAGUUUUAUAAAGAGAUGCGUCAAUUGUUGUUUC